AUGGCCACCUCGUCCACGCCACAGGGUACCCUGCGCCAGCGCAAUGUCGCCGGCAGCGGCAAGAAGAAGGAUGCCGCGUCCUCCGACUCGGAUCUCGACACCAUCAUCAAGGAGAAGACUGGAUCGGUCAAGCAGGAUGCCCAGCGCGAGUAUCAGGUCGCCGGUUUCCUCAUCACCGCACUGGCUUUCUUGACACGUUUCUGGGGCAUCAGCCACCCGGACGAAGUCGUCUUUGAUGAGGUCCAUUUCGGCAAGUUCGCGUCGUACUACAUCCAACGCACGUAUUUCUUCGAUGUCCACCCUCCCUUUGGCAAGCUCCUCUUCGCUUUCGUCGGUUGGCUCGUCGGCUACGAUGGCCACUUCCACUUUGACAACAUCGGUGACUCCUACAUUAACAACAAGGUCCCCUACUUGGCCUUCCGCGCGCUGCCUGCCCUCCUGGGCUCGCUGACCGUCACCGUCACCUACCUGAUCAUGUGGGAGUCUGGCUACAGCCUGCCUGCCUGUAUCCUCGCGGCCGGUCUCGUUCUGCUUGACAACGCCCACAUUGGCCAGACCCGCCUGAUCCUGCUCGACGCCACGCUCGUCUUUGCCAUGGCCUGCAGCAUUCUCUGCUACAUCCGUUUCUACAAGUUGCGCCACGAGCCCUUCUCGCGCAAGUGGUGGAAGUGGCUCAUCUUCACCGGGUUCGCCCUCUCCUGCGACAUGUCGACCAAGUACAUUGGUCUAUUCGCCUUUGUGUCCAUCGGCUCCGCCGUUUGCAUCGACCUCUGGGACCUGCUCGACAUCAAGAGACCCGGCGGUGCUCUGUCCCUGCCCGACUUUGCGCGUCACUUUGCCGCCCGCGCCUUUGGCCUUAUCCUCAUGCCCUUCCUCUUCUACCUCUUCUGGUUCCAAGUCCACUUUGCUGUCCUUAACCGCUCCGGCCCCGGCGACGACUUCAUGUCUCCCGAGUUCCAGGAGACGCUGAGCGACAACGUCAUGCUGGCAAACGCCAUCACAAUCAACUACUACGAUACCCUGAGUAUCAUGCACAAAGAGACCAAGGCCUACCUGCACAGCCACCCCGACAAGUACCCCUUGCGCUACGAUGACGGUCGUGUUUCCAGCCAGGGCCAGCAGGUCACCGGCUACCCGUACAAUGACACCAACAACCACUGGCAGAUCCUUCCUGCCGACGGCGACGAGAACACCCGCCGCGCUGUCCAGAACCACGACCUCGUCCGCCUCCGCCACCUCGUCACCGACACCAUCCUUCUGUCUCACGACGUCGCCUCGCCCUACUACCCGACCAACCAGGAGUUCACCACCGCCUCGCUUGAGGACGCGUACGGUGACAGAGCCGCCGACACGCUCUUCGAGGUCCGUAUUGAGAACGGCAAGCCCGGCCAGGAGUUCAAGAGCGUGUCAAGCCACUUCAAGUUCAUCCACAACCCCAGCAAAGUGGCGAUGUGGACCCACACCACGCCGCUGCCCGACUGGGGUCACAAGCAGCAGGAAAUCAACGGCAACAAGCAGAUCACCCCCAGCUCCAACAUAUGGCUUGUCGAGGACAUCCCCUCGCUGCCGGCCGAUGACGUACGCCGCGCCAAAGUGGAGCGUAGCAUCAAGACACUGCCGUUCCUGCAGAAGUGGUUUGAGCUGCAGCGGUCCAUGUUCUGGCACAACAACCAGCUCACGAGCAGCCAUCCGUACGCGUCGCUGCCUUACCAGUGGCCGUUCUUGCUCCGCGGUGUCAGCUUCUGGACCCAGAACGACACGCGCCAGCAGAUCUAUUUCCUCGGCAACCCCAUCGGCUGGUGGAUCGCCAGCAGCUUGCUUGCCGUCUUUGCUGGCAUCCUCGCUGCCGACCAGUUCUCGCUGCGCCGCGGCAUGGACGCGCUCGACCACCGCACCCGCUCGCGCCUGUACAACUCGACCGGCUUCUUCUUCCUCGUCUGGGCCACGCACUACUUCCCAUUCUACGUCAUGGGUCGUCAGCUGUUCCUGCACCACUAUCUGCCUGCCCACUUGGCGUCGACUCUCGUAGCCGGUGCCUUGAUCGAAUUCAUCUUCACGUCGGAUGCCGGCGAACCGGAGCAGCCGACAUACCAGCAGGUCAAGUCGGGCAAGAAGGCCGCGCCGAGCCCCAAGCGCCAUGUUCUGGCUGGGGAGCGGUUCCGCGGCCAGAGCCUGAUCGGCGCGUGGAUUGCCUGCUUUGUCAUCCUGGCUGUUGUGGCCGCGAGCUGGUACUUCUUCCUGCCGCUGACCUACGGCUACCCCGGCCUGACGGUCGACCAGGUGCUGAAGCGCAAGUGGCUCGGCUACGAUCUUCACUUUGCCAAAUAA